UUAAAUAAACUUGACUAAAUCGCCAUUUUAGAUUUUGAAUAUAAACCGAACAGAAUUUUUUAAUUUGUUUUCACUACAAAAAAAUGUCAUCAAUCAAACCAACCACCAACAAAGGUGAUGUUUAUAAUCAUCAAUCGAAACUUACACUUGAUGAUUAUGAAAUUGGUAAACCACUUGGCCGUGGAAAAUUUGGCCGUGUUUAUCUGGCACGAACCCGAAAAGAACAUUUCAUUGUUGCAUUGAAAACAUUGUUCAAAGAACAGUUACUUAAAGAUAAUAUGUCACAUCAAUUACGUCGUGAAAUUGAAAUUCAAAUGCGUUUACGACAUCCAAAUAUAUUACGUUUAUAUGAUUAUUUUUAUGAUGAACAACGUAUAUUUCUUGUGCUUGAAUAUGCACCACGUGGUGAAUUGUAUGAAAGAUUGAAACGAGCGGGAAGAUUUGAUGAUCAAAAAUCUGCUACCUACAUCCUACAAAUGAUUACUGCAUUGAAAUUCUGUCAUAAAAAUAAAGUCAUUCAUCGUGAUAUAAAACCGGAAAAUAUUUUACUUGGUUAUCAUGGUGAAUUGAAAAUAUCCGAUUUUGGUUGGUCAGUACAUACAUUAUCACAACGACGACAAACAAUGUGCGGUACAAUCGAUUAUCUUCCACCUGAAAUUGUUCAACGACAUUCAUAUGAUCAUAAUGUUGAUAUAUGGUGUUUAGGUGUAUUGACAUAUGAAUUUCUUUGUGGCCGUCCACCAUUCGAAUCGAAUGAUCAACAAAAAACAUAUGAGCGUAUUACUACAUUACAAUUUACUUUUCCAGAAUAUAUGGGUGAUUUAGCUAAAGAUUUUAUAUCCAAAUUAUUAGUUUUGCAACCGAAAAAACGAAUGCAAUUAAAGGAAGCUGCUGAACAUGAUUGGAUUAAACGUUUUGCCAUCACUGAAAAUGAUACAAAUUAUCGCUGUACAAAUUGUAAUUGCGUUAAAUAUUUUUGAUCGAUUGCAUACACAAUUUUAGGAAAAAAAAUCAUUAAUAUUAUUCAGUAAUAAUAUUCAGACUAUAAUCGAUGAU